UAAACAUCUUGGGGCCUAAAAGUCUUGCUACCGCAAUAUUGUUUUGAAAGUAGUGUGUUUCUGCGAAAGAAAAAGCACUCUUUUAUCCCAAUUUCUUGUUUACUUGAGAAAUUUUAUUGUGCCCAGAUGACAGGGAGAGGAAGAGGUAUUCUUGGGAAUAAGAAUGGAUUUGGUCGCGGUGGAUUUGGAAGAGGAGCAUCAUCGUCAUCUGAUGCUUCAGGAGGAGCCGGCAGGGGUUUUGGUCGGGGUGUACUCCGUACAGGCUUCACAGUGAAUGGAAAUGACGAUGUAUCAAACGGCAUGGCCGACAUGUCGCUCAACAAACCAGGCGGAAUGGCCAAUGGAUUUGGAAAGUCAGACAAUAACUCCAGCAGUGGCGGUUUUGGAUCCAAAGGAGGAUUUGGAGGUGGUAGUAGUGGAGGAGGAUUUGGAGGAGGCAGCGGGGGGUUUGGAAAUAAGUCGGACAGUAACAACAACAAUGGAAGUAGAGGGGGAUUUGGAGGAGGGUCCUCAGGUGGAGGAUUUGGAGGAGGGUCCUCGGGUGGAGGAUUUGGAGCCAAAAAGGAGGGUGGAUUUGGGGGCGGGGGAUUUGGAUCAAAGAACGAUGGCGAAUCUUCUGGAUUUGGAGGAGGAUUUGGCGGUGGAGACAGACCUCCAAGGGGAGGCGGAUUUGGAGGGGGAGGAGGAUCAGGAUGCAGAAAUUGUGGAGAAGAGGGACACUUUGCCAGAGAGUGUCCAGAACCCCGCAAAGGUGGUGGAGGUGGUGGUGACAAGGGAUGCAGAAAUUGUGGGGAAGAGGGACACUUUGCCAGAGAGUGUCCAGAACCCCGCAAAGGUGGUGGUGACAGGGGAUGCAGAAAUUGUGGGGAAGAAGGACAUUUUGCUAGAGAGUGUCCCAAUCCCAAGAAAGAAGGAGGUGGAGGAGGAGGCGGGAAGUGUUUCAAAUGUCAGGAGGAAGGACACAUGGCCAGGGACUGUCCUAAUGCUCCCCCACAGGAUCCUGACAGACCUGCACCUUAUGUGCCUCCUGCUCCAUCCGAGGACGAAGCUGAAAUCUUCAAAGUUAUUCAAAAGGGGAUAAACUUUGACAGUUACGAUAAAAUUCCUGUGGAGGUGACAGGAAGAGAUCCACCCUCUUCAAUAAAAAACUUUGAUGAAGCUGGGUUGUAUGAAAAGUUCCUGGAAAACGUGCGUAAAGCCCAGUAUGAGAAGCCCACUCCGGUCCAGAAGUACUCCAUACCAAUAGUGAUGGCAGGCCGAGAUCUGAUGGCCUGUGCUCAAACAGGCUCCGGAAAAACGGCUGCCUUCUUGCUGCCGGUCCUCACUGGAAUGAUGAAGAAUGGAAUCAGUGGCAGUAGUUUCUCCGAGGUCCAGGAACCACAAGCCCUGGUGGUGGCUCCUACCAGAGAGUUGGCUGUCCAGAUCUUUAUGGAUGCUCGAAAAUUUGCACAUGGCACCAUGCUGAGAGCUGUAGUGUUGUAUGGGGGGACGUCGGUGGGGUACCAACUCAGACAGGUUGAACAGGGAACUCACAUCUUAGUGGGUACCCCAGGACGGUUGAUUGAUAUCAUCGGCAAAGGAAAGAUCAGCCUCUCAAAGUUAAAGUACCUAAUUUUGGAUGAAGCUGACAGAAUGUUGGAUAUGGGUUUCGGUCCAGACAUCCGUAAACUUGUGGAGGAGUUGGGAACUCCUCCUAAAACAGAGAGACAGACUCUCAUGUUCUCUGCUACAUUCCCCGAGGAGAUUCAGAAAAUGGCUGGGGAUUUCCUGAACGACUAUCUUUUCCUGACUGUCGGUCGGGUGGGUGGUGCUUGCACUGACGUGACCCAGACAGUGUAUGAAGUCGAUAGACAGGAGAAGAGGUCACGAUUGUGUGACAUCCUCACAGAGACGGGUUCAGAGAAAACUUUGGUUUUUGUGGAACAAAAACGAAAUGCAGAUUUCUUGGCAUCUUAUUUGUCCCAAAAUGGAUUUCCAACCACCAGUAUUCAUGGAGAUCGACUCCAAGCUGAAAGGGAAGAAGCUCUGCGCGAUUUCAAGCUUGGGAAAGCUCCAGUUUUAAUUGCUACAUCGGUGGCAGCUCGGGGAUUAGACAUCCCUCUAGUCAAACAUGUCAUCAACUACGAUCUCCCCCAGUCCAUUGAUGAAUAUGUCCACAGAAUUGGGAGAACGGGGCGCUGCGGAAAUCUUGGCAAGGCCAUCAGUUUCUACUCUAAUGACACUGAUGGUGCUCUGGCUAAACCUCUGGUUAGGAUCCUCUCGGAUGCGAUGCAGGAAGUUCCUUCCUGGCUGGAAGAGUACUCCAAGUCAAGUAUGCCAGGAGCUGGGUAUGCUGAUGUCGGCGCCAAGUUCGGAGGACGAGACAUCCGAAAAAACCAACCACGGACAAGAGAGACCCACAAGGGUGAGGGUGGCUACCCUCUUGGUGCUGGUGGAUCCGUUAUGGUGGGAUCAGGUGGUGCACAGGAAGAAGACGAAGAAAACUGGGAUUAAGCUUUUACAGUAACUUCAAUAGGAACUCUGCUUUCCUUCAAAGACAUUGGUUGCGGCCGAGGUUGUGAGGAUCUCUUAAGCAUGAGCCAAGGAGGCUUGAUGCAUGGUGCUACAGAACAGUAGUGCUCUUAGUUAUGUUUUUUACUUGUAAAUACGUUACAUUUAGAUAGUAGACAUCAUGUUAAGCUUGUCUUACAGAAGCCUAAAACAAAAUUGAUUCGCAAAAAGUUAAAAAUCCAGACUUGAAGUUGGGAUGUGAUCACCUGGCUUUCUGCUACCUGGAUUUACCUUUUUACCAGUUUUCCUCAAUCAAUUUUUAUUUUCACAUUUGAUUAACAUUCCAAACAUACAAUUGAUGAAGGAGGAAUGAAACUAAUAACUCUUGGAAAUUCAGACUUUGAUUUGAGAAACAAAGUAGAAGUAAUGUUCGGCGGAUUGACCCCUACAGCUCGUUGACUUUGGGUCGCCGUGGUCGAGGAGGUGUGUGACAGUCUUUGGCAGCAUGGGUUUGUCAGUGACUAAGCAAUGGGCAGGAGUGAAACUCCUACCUUCAGAAAUCUAGUCCACAAGUCAGACCGAGUGCAAUAUAUACCCAAGUCUUUCAGAUUUUUUGUCGUAUUUGAAUCUCGUCAUGAUCAUGUGAUCUCAGGGUAUCAUCUUAGCCAAUCAUCACACCAUCGCACUAGUCCACCACCGCUGUGAUAUUUCAGCUGAUUUGUUUCUCAUCAUUUUGUUAUUUUACAAUUUUUUGUUGAAAUUGUUUUUAUUAAACCAUUGUAUUUUGCACAAAAA